UUGUACAGAAUAAAAGAAGGGAGGAGGAGGAAAGGGUAGAGGAAGAGCCAGCAGAGGAGAUCAGGUCCUGGCAAUGGCGCUCAGAGUGGUGACGGUGUUGGUAGCCGUUAUAUCGACGGCUGCUCUCUCCCUCUCCUCGCCCCCUCCCAUCUUCUCCUCCAUCUCCGCCUCCCCCGCCUCCCUCCCGGCCUUCCCGCCGGCGAUUUCCCCUGCUCCCGAGCUGCCUCCGCCAUCCCUCUCCCCCGACAUCACCCCCGAGUUCCCCACGCCGGGGGCCGGCUCCGGCGUCACUGGCAGCCCUUCCUCCAACGAAAUGCCCACGAUCCCGUCCACCCUCAGCCCGCCCAACCCCGACGACGUCGCCUCGCCGGAGCUCAACCUGGCCAGCUCCCCGGCCUCCUCCCCUGCUAAGAUGUCGUCCUCGGCGGUCAGGUUGGUGGGUCGAACUUCACUUCCUCUCUUGGUGUUCUGCUUCGUCGCCUUGCUGCUUCAUGUCAAGCUGGUCUGAGAUUACUCUCUCUGUUCUUUUGGGAGAAUUGGGUUCGUGUCUGUGAAAUUGGUCUUGUGAUUUUGGGGAGUUGAAUUUGUACCUUGGGGUUUGUUGAUUCUUUUAUCCAGUAGUUGUACAUUGUUUAGUUAUUUUUUUCUGGUGAACUGUGGAAGGAACGUGGAUUCCAUGUCAUUCUGAGCUGCCACUUGCAGAGAAAGAAUGGGAAAGGAUUUCCUAGCUAGAAAGUGUUUGUGUUGCCA